ACUUCAACCUUCAACGUUUAUAAUUUAUAAUACAGUAAUACACACUUUUCAACAAUGAAGUUAACUAUUAAAAUAUCGGAAUCUAUUAUAAAGAGACUUUCUAAUGCAAAAGAACCAUGUUUUGGAAAAUUAUAUGGAUCUUUUUUUGAAAAUACUUAUACAGUGCUUGGUCUACAAGUGGACAUUGAGAAUGGAAUAAAUUUAGUGUAUUCGUAUCCAGCUGAAGUUGACUUUUGUGGUGUGUUUCAAAUAAGCGAUGGGACAUUUGAUCACAAGAAAAUAACAGAAUCUGUUCAUAAAGUAGAUGUAACUGAUAAUCCUAUAUUUAUCUUUUAUGAACUUGGCUCACAAAAUAAAAUAUCUGUUAACUUGGUUACAAAUGAUAAAAUAGAGAAAGCAAAUUUUAUUACUGUCGGUGAACAAGAUAUUUAUUCCGAAUUUUUGCAUAUUCGUCUAAGAGGCGAGGUUCCAUUGAAAUGUGAGGCCAGUAUCAAAUCAGUUGAAGAAAUGUUUGAUAAAGUUAGAAAAACAAUGUCUUCUGGUGCAAUAAUAUUUAAAAUUGCUAAAACAAAUGUCAUUCUUUUUGGAAACGAAGUUGAACAUGGUUUAGUAGGGGUUAGUGGUCAACCCACUGUGGUAGAUAUGUGCGAGGAAUCUAAUGAAAUUGUUGAAGGUAUACCGAGGAAGAAAAAGACACAAAGUUUUAAUUUGGAUAUUUUAGAUGUUAGUAUUCUCAAGCGUGUUACAAAAGAUGCACAAAAUAUCAUAACAAAGGAACAUGCACCAUUAUGUAUAUUAGAAAAAAAACCAGUCCAAGCUCUCGAUACAAUAGUUUACAUCGAUUCCCUAGCUAUGAUCUACCGUCACACAAAAGUAGCUCAUCUCUACGAAAUUCUCUUGGAAUGUGUUAUUAGAUAUUUAAGGUUAUAUGAACACAAUUUAAUAAACCAUAUACUGGAUACCCCAGAUUUCGCAAAAAUCUCACGACUUGAAACAUUCCAUUUUUACCCCUUAGAGUGUGGACAUUUCCUAACGAGGUUGUAUCCCAAACACAAGACUGAUGAAUCAUUAAAAACUCUACGUCAAUUAUUACAUAAGCAGUUGUUAUUAGAUGUAGUCACACCAGUGUUUCGUAGGGCAAAUCGAUAUAAAUUCAAGUAUGAGAGAAGUAACAACAGCCCACUGAUUAACCCUCACGAAGGAGUAAAACCUACAGAUAAUGGUGGAGUGGUAGCGUUAGUGAAAGGCAAAUAUGAGUAUUAUCAUUACUGCCAGAACAAAAUGGAUGAUAACGGUUGGGGUUGUGCAUACAGAUCCCUCCAAACACUUGCUUCAUGGUACAAACUGCAGGGCUACGUCGACAAGGAGGUGCCCUCUUUCACAGACAUCCAGAAGUGCCUUGUAGAUAUAGGGGACAAACCUGCUAGCUUUGUAGGCUCAAAACAGUGGAUCGGUUCGACAGAAGUCAAUUUCGUGCUAAAUACAUUACUAGGGAUUACUUGUAAGAUACUCUACGUCAGUUCCGGGGAAGAAAUGGGAUCAAAAGGUCCAGAAUUGGUGAACCACUUUGAAAAUCAAGGAUCGCCAAUUAUGAUCGGCGGGGGAGUUCUUGCACACACAAUACUGGGAGUAGAUUACAAUCAACAAACGGGUAGCAUAAGGUUUCUUAUAUUAGAUCCGCAUUAUACUGGGGGCGAGGAUCUGCAUACAAUACAAAGUAAGGGUUGGUGCGGUUGGAAAACUGUUGAUUUCUGGGAUAAAAGUGCCUAUUACAAUAUGUGCUUACCUCAGGUUCCUAGAGAUAUUUAGGUAUUAUGCAUUUGUUUUAAGUGUAAUUAAUUUGUUUUGGUAUUCCUGUUAAGCCACUUUGAAAUUAAUUUUGUCUUAUUUAGGCCACAGAUCAGUUAUUUAAUCUUUAUGAUUCAAAAUAAAUGUGAUUAUUUUGAAGAAAUAACAUUACGUUGGGGUUGGUAGUUUUAUUUAGUUGUUAUUUAUUAUAAACUUCAAAUCAUCACUCUCGACUUCUAAAAAUAACUGAAUUUUAAAUAUAGUCACAAUAAACAUUGUUUACAAGA